AUGGCAGCAGUCGUUAGCUCCUAUCCACCAAAUGUAUACCAUCAACAAUCAUACUUCAAUUCACCACUAACAUCGGUUUAUGCUGCUCAAUUUAUUCGUAACAACUAUUAUAAACCAAAACCGCAGAAACAACAACCGAAGAUUCGGACACCGACGCCGACAAAAACACCUGAAUAUGUUGAUUCCAAUAUCCAACAAUUACGUCCUCGACGUGAACCUCGUAUUCGUCGACAAGUAAUUUUAUUACCAAAACCAGAGCCCAUCUAUCGACAAGUACGACGCCGAUUGCCAACACCUGAACGACCAAUUAUUCAACGAACGAUUAUUCAAAAAGCUAACGGUGAUGUUGUAAUUGAACAGCAACGACAUAGAAAGAAAAUAAGAAGUCAAAGUUAUUCAGGAGCUACUACACAAACACCCAUACCUCGUACACCAUAA